UCGCAGCCGGCGGCGGGCGCGCAGGCAGCACCUCGGUGCCGGUGACUUGGGGGUGCCGCUCCUCGCCUGCGCCCUGCCGCGGCGGUGGAUGGAUGCGCCAUGGCCACGCUGGUGUGCCGGGUGCAGCUGCUGGAUGACACCGACCCCUUCAACAGCACCAACUUCCCCGAGCCCACCCGGCCGCCACUGUACACCUUCCGGGAGGACAUCCCGCUCGCCACCCAGCUAGCCGGGGUGCACCGCCUCCUCCGCGCCCCGCAGAAGCUUGAUGACUGCACCCUGCAAUUGUCUCAUAAUGGUACCUAUCUGGAUCUAGAAUCCACCCUAGCAGAGCAAAGAGAUGAACUAGAAGGUUUCCAGGAGGACGCUGGGAGGGGCAAGAAGCACAGCAUAAUUCUGAGGACCCAGCUCUCAGUGAGAGUCCAUGCCUGCAUUGAAAAACUUUACAACUCCAGUGGACGGGAACUGAGACGGGCACUUUUUUCCUUGAAACAAAUAUUUCAGGAUGACAAGGACUUGGUUCAUGAGUUUGUUGUUGCUGAAGGCCUGACAUGCCUAAUCAAAGUGGGAGCAGAAGCCGACCAGAAUUAUCAGAACUACAUCCUGAGAGCCUUGGGCCAGAUAAUGCUUUAUGUCGAUGGCAUGAAUGGAGUGAUUAAUCAUAAUGAAACCAUCCAAUGGCUGUACACGCUUAUUGGCUCAAAGUUUCGCCUGGUGGUAAAGACAGCACUGAAGCUGCUGCUGGUGUUUGUGGAGUACACAGAGUCCAACGCACCGCUUCUAAUCCAGGCAGUAUCGACCGUGGAUGAAAAGAGAGGAGCCAAGCCAUGGUCCAACAUCAUGGAGAUACUGGAGGAGAAGGAUGGGGUUGAUACGGAACUACUGGUUUAUGCAAUGACCUUGGUUAACAAGACGCUGUCAGGAUUGCCAGAUCAAGACUCUUUCUACGAUGUGGUGGACUGUCUGGAAGAGCUAGGCAUUGAAGCUAUUUCACAGAGACACUUGAACAAGAAAGGAACAGACUUGGACUUAGUUGAGCAAUUUAACAUUUAUGAGGUGACGCUGAGGCACGAAGACGGAGAUGAGGGUGCUGAGCCCCCUCCCAGCGGGCGCAAGGAUCGGAGGAGGGCCAGCCUUGGUGCUGGCGAGCGCAGGGGGCUGGAGCGCCGGCGGAGCCGCAGGCACUCGGCGCAGAACAACGGCAAGAGCACUUUAUCGGCCCCAGCCAGCCCUUGCGGGCAGUCCAGCUUCGUGCUGAGCCACGGGCAGCGCGUGGAAGAGCUCAGCGAGAGAGAGGACGAGUAUGAAGAGGAGGAAGAAGAGCAGCCAGUCACAGAGCCCAAUACUGAGGAUGAGGGGGAGGAAGAGGCCAAUAGGCAGGUCAAAGCCAGAUACAAUAGCUAUGGCAGCAGCUCUUACUCUUCUCCACGACCUUACACUGGUGUGAGUGCCCCUACAACACCCACUACUCAUUAUGGGACAACUCUGUCACCGCCUCAGGAGAACAAAUCUGACAGGCCAGCUUUGGGUGGUCUCCUUACAUCAUCUUUUCGGCAGCACCAGGAGUCCUUGGCAGCAGAAAGAGAAAGACGGCGUCAGGAGAGAGAAGAAAGGUUGCAAAGGAUAGAACGUGAAGAAAGAAACAAAUUCAACCGUGAUUAUUUAGACAAAAGAGAAGAACUAAGGCAAGCAAGAGAAGAGAGAUACAAAUACUUGGAGAAGUUGGCAGCAGAGGAGUAUGAGAAGGAGCUGAAGAGUCGGAGUGUCAGCCGAGGCAGAAGUGAGCUGUCCUUGAACCUGAGAUCUCCUUCAGCUCCAUCCUCACCUGUACCCAAGUGCAUCAGCCCAGCAUCCAUAGAGUCCCAGGAAGAGCUGAAGACCCCUUCCAUCCCGUGUGGAACUCCUCAGCCCUCAGAAGUGAGUGCCAGUGAACCCGAACCAGAGACAGAGACAGAACCAGAACCAGAGCAGGAGGCUGAGGCUGAGGCCAAGCAGGGAACGGAGACACCCAAGGAAAUAGAGGCUGCAGAGGUGGGACCAGAGAGUGAGGUGGAGCAAGGACCAGAGAGAGAGCCAGAAGAAAGUGCAAUACUCAGUGAAAAGGAGAGGCAGAAUGAGGAAGUGAAUGAAAAAGACAACUGUUCUGCAUCCAGUAUAUCCUCAGCAAGCAGCACUUUAGAGAGGGAAGAGAGAGAGGACAAGUUAACCAGUGACAAUGAAACUGGUCCAUGGUCACAGACCAUCCAGGAUGCUGGUGUGAAUGAGCAGUGCAGCAACAUCCUCAACAACAAGCGGUUUAUGCUGGACAUGUUGUAUGCGCAUAACAAAAAGCCCGAAGAUGAAGAGGAGAAGGAGCUGGAGGCGAAGGAGGAAAAGAAGGAGACGGAGGAAAGCGAGGAGUCACUCACUAGCCUAGCCAGCAGGAUCUCUAUUCUCCAGGCCACAAAGCAGGCCAAAGAUGAAAGUGUCAAAAAGAUGGAGAUUGGAAAUCUGGACAACCAAGGCAGUGUGAAAGCCUUUGCAGAAAAAUUUAACAGUGGUGAGCUGGCUAAGGGGACAGCAGUGCCUGAAGAUGAAAUCGGUGAACAGGUCCCUGAGAAAACACCAGCACAGACAAAGAAGGAAUCUGAUUACAUCUGGGAUCAGCUCAUGGCUAAUCCUCGAGAACUUAAAAUCAAGGACAUGGAUUUUACAGACUUGGGGGAGGAGGAUGAUGUAGAUGUGUUGGACAUGGAUAUGGGUCCUGGGGACUCCCUUGCUCCCCCUCCUCCACCUCCACCUUCUUUUCUGGGUUUGCCUCCUCCACCACCUCCCCCCUUGUUUGGAUGUCCACCUCCACCACCACCCUCUGCUAAUUUAUUGGCUCCUCCUCCACUGUUCAGCACUCCUCAGGGUUUAGGGUCACCCCAGGUUUCUAGGGGUCAGCCAGCAUUUAUAAAGAAGAAGAAAACCAUCCGUCUGUUUUGGAAUGAGGUACGGCCAUUUGAGUGGCAGUGUAAAAACAACAAACGCUGCAGAGAAUUCCUGUGGUCGAAACUGGAACCCAUUAAGGUAGACACUUCCAAACUGGAGCAUCUCUUUGAGUCUAAAUCCAAAGAACUGCCUGUCACAAAGAAAACUGCUGCAGAUGGGAAGCGACAGGAGAUCAUUGUGUUGGACUCAAAGCGAAGCAACGCCAUUAAUAUUGGCUUGACUGUGCUGCCCCCUCCCCGCACCAUCAAGACUGCUAUUUUGAACUUUGAUGAAUAUGCCUUAAACAAGGAAGGAAUAGAGAAAAUCCUGACCAUGAUCCCCACUGAGGAGGAAAAGCAGAAGAUCCAGGAGGCACAGCUGGCGAAUCCCGAUGUCCCCCUGGGCAGUGCUGAGCAGUUCCUUCUCACCCUCUCCUCCAUCAGUGAACUCUCCGCCAGGCUCCAGCUCUGGGCUUUCAAGUUGGACUAUGAGAUAGUGGAAAAGGAAGUUGCAGAACCACUGCUAGACCUGAAGGAGGGAAUGGACCAACUGGAGCACAAUAAGACUUUGGGAUUUAUCCUUUCUACUCUACUAGCCAUUGGGAACUUUCUGAAUGGAACCAAUGCCAAAGCUUUUGAGUUGAGCUACCUCGAGAAGGUUCCAGAAGUUAAAGACACAGUGCACAAACAGUCCCUCCUGCACCACGUCUGCACUAUGGUGGUAGAAAAGUUCCCAGACAGCACUGAUCUUUAUUCAGAGAUCGGGGCCAUCACUAGGUCAGCCAAGGUUGACUUUGAACAACUCCAGGAAAACUUGUGUCAGAUGGAAAGACGGUGCAAAGCAUCAUGGGAUCACCUUAAGGCUAUAGCAAAGCAUGAAAUGAAGCCAAGUCUAAAGCAAAAAAUGUCUGAGUUCCUUAAAGACUGUGCAGAAAGAAUCAUAAUCCUGAAGAUUGUUCAUAGAAGAAUAAUUAACAGGUUUCACUCAUUUUUGUUAUUUAUGGGCCAUCCUCCCUACGCGAUACGUGAAGUCAACAUCAAUAAGUUCUGCAAGAUCAUUAGUGAGUUUGCUCUGGAGUACCGCACCACCAGGGAACGAGUUCUGCAGCAAAAACAGAAACGAGCUAACCACAGGGAAAGAAACAAGACCAGAGGGAAAAUGAUAACAGAUUCCGGCAAGUUCUCCAGCAGCUCCCCUCCCUGCCAGAGCCAGCCCCAGGGCCUGCAGUACGCCGAGGAUGCUGCCGAGCACGAGAACAUGAAGGCUGUGCUGAAGACCUGCUCCGUGGGGGGGGAGAGCACCAUGGCCCUCGGCGUCCGCACUCGGAGCCGUGCCAGCCGAGGCCGUAUCGGUUCGUGGAACGCUGGCAACGAUGACUCCCCGAACGCGACGGAUGACGCCGCGGAUGAGAUCAUGGAUCGCAUCGUCAAGUCUGCCACCCAAGUGCCAAGCCAGCGAGCGGUGCCUAGAGAGAGGAAACGGUCACGAGCAAACAGGAAGUCAUCAUUUCUGGGAAGUUAGGACAAAGAGGAGACAACAACAUGAGAAGGACACUAAAGAGUGGGCUAACACCAGAAGAAGCCAAAGCACUGGGCCUCAUCAGCACUUCUGAGAUGCAGGUUUGACAUCCCAGAGGUGGCCACAAGAAGAGCCGAUCAUCUGAAGCACACAGGCUGACAACCCUUCAGCGUGGCAUUGGACUGCCAGCCUCCUCUGCUGCUCCCAACAUCCCUUCCUCUGUUAGGUCAAUUUUAAUAAGCAACAAAAAGCAAAACCCCACAUCCAGGGCAGAAGAAGGGUGUGCCACAGCUCAGCAUGACAUCCAGAUGGUAACUGAGGAAGCAUUUGAGUGUUCCUAAGUGAAAGCACAUGGCUGCUUCUUCUUCUCAUGGUGUGUUGAUGUGCUAGGAGGGGGCUCUCUAAGUUAUCUGUCAUGAUGUGAGCUGUGUUUACGUUGGCUUUCCUUGUGCCCUGUUUUAGUUAUUGUAAAUGUAUGGUGUUUUGUCAAUGCAAGGAACAGUCCUUAAAGAGGCAAAAUAACUCCUGUUACAGCAACCCAAAUUUCCCUCAAGCAGAUUCAUUAAGCAAAGAUGCACAGUCUCUGCAACCCUGUGGUUUGUUGGGUAUUUUAUUAUUUUGCCUCCAAAGAAUGUAAAAAUGUAUGUGUACCUUUGUAUGUGUACAGAAUGAAUGUGUGGACAUGUGUGCAUGUAUCUGUACAUAUGCAGUCAUGGUGUGAAAUCAUGCUUUUGCUGAAGCCAGCUGGACCAUGAUUUUCACUGUGGGGCCUUACUGUUCCACCUGGACAGGAGGAAAAGAAUGUCUUUUUUGCAGGAACUCAGUGUUGUUCAGUGUGAUUCACCCUGUGGGGCAGGCCAUGGCCUGCAAUACAAGUGGAGAGUUUAGGAUCCUGAAUUCAUGUGUGUUAAUGCACACCCAUACUGUACAUAGCAGCAUGCACACAGAGGAGAGAGCGCAGUUCCCCCCUCUUGUUGAGCUGUGGUCGUACUCUGCAUUUGUACAGUUUCAGAGAGAUCUAUGUCAACAAUUUUACAUACUCGAUAAAUGCAUUUGGAUGCUAAGAUCAAGAAGUUUUGUUCACUUGCCUGUGCCCUUCAUGCUGCUUUUCUCUGCUGCAAGAUAAUGUGGUGGUGAUUUUAUUUCAGUUUAAUGGAUCUGAAUAUGAAAUAGCCCUGCUAAAAAGCCUGCUGUGUUUUUUCUGUUCUUUACUGGUUUUACUGUAAACAACAAUAACAUAAAGGGAAUUUUUUAAGCCAAAGUCUGUAUAUGUCCAAAAGAUCCUAAAGGAUGCACAAGAUUGUCUCUUUCCAUUGCCUUAGCCUUUAAGAUUAAGGGUAUGUCUGCACAGCAGUAACAACUGAGACUUUCUUCACACUGGUUAACUGAGGAACUGCAGCAGUUUAGUCAUGGUAACAGGGUUCCAUUUUGGCUGCAAAGCAUGCUUGGAAAAUAGAGUUAAAUAAUAGUCUAUGCUGGGGUCCUAAUGCCAUAGCAAUGUUGCUUCUGGCACCCAGGCUAGGUCAGGUACUUCAGGUUAUUCUGCUCUGCUCCCUUUAAGGACAGGAUAAUCAGUGGAGAUUGUUCGAGAGAGUUGAACCAAACACAAUAAACUUCUGAAACCAUGGUCAUCCAUCACAUUGCAUUGAGCACAGCAUCCAAGUGAUGGCAGAGCCAGGUAGCUGGCAGCACUGCAGGGAGACCUGUGGCUGAACAUCCUACCUAUGCUGUCCACCCUCUUGAUUGUAACAUUUCAUUCUUUAUCUGCCGAUGCCCUGAAUCUCCCAUGGAAUAAAAAGUCACUAAUGAGCAAUGGCUCUUAAGAACAGCAUUGAGUUUGAUGUGGUUUUCCCCUCAAUUUGUUAAAAAGCCGAUUUUACAAGCGGACAGGAGGCAGUAGUUGGGUAAUCAAUACAAUAUGUUGUGUAUUUGAAGGCUAUGGAAAGGAAGAAGCUGGUUAGGAAACAGAAGUGGCAUAUAACUAAUUUCACUGUAAAAUAGGCAAGACCUGUGAGUAUCUGGAUUUUAAAGUGGAUCUUUACGUGCUGCUCACCACUAUGGACUUUUAAAAUCUUGCUCAAGGAUGCUUAGAACAAAGAGCUGAAGGUAAUGGGGGUUCGUGGAGGUGUUUGAAGUCUGAAACAAGAGGAAGACACCCUGAAUGUAAAUGGUCAUGUUGAACUGUCCUGCUUGCUAAGUGAUAAAAAAACCAAAAAUGCAACAAAGUACAUUUAUGCUGUCAGAGAUCCUAUAUUUUAUUGGAGGGAGAAAAUCAAACAAGUCCUUAAAAAUUAAUAUUUUAAUUAGAAUGUGCUGAAUGUGCAAAAUUGGUGACCACUUGGCUGUUGGUGGCCCCUUUCUAACAGGGAACAAAUUUGUGUUUCAUUUAAGCAUAGUACAGCAUCUGUCUCUGAGACAUACCAUAGCUGGUGAAUUACUAAUGGUUGGGCAGAUGUAUUUUCCAAAUUGUGCAAAAAUUGUGUAAAACUUCAAGGAGAACAAUAAAUAUGAGGAAUAGUUUAAGUUGGGAUAGGUUCUGUGGGAAAAAAAUGUGGUUUCUUUCAGAUUCCCUGGAUGUAUCUUACACGUGAAACAGAUUCUUCCUCUUCUGUUCUUCCAUGGCAUUUGUUUUUCUGUUUGUGCUCUCUAUCUGUAAAACUGAUAGCAACUUUUCCGAGGAAAAACAUGGUCUUGUUUAUGUACUAGUAUACAGUCAGAUAAACUCCACUGUCCUCACCACUUAUUGCAACAAGAUCACCAGACACAGUGUAGCACAGUAACUACAGGAGAGAUUUCCAUUUUGGUUCCUGAUAAAAAACACCGACUAAUCUGUAAGGGGGCAGUAUUUCCUCCAGGGUGCCAGCAUGCCCUGACUGUGGGGAUAACAUUUGUUCCCCUUCGUCUAACUAGUGGAUUCCAGAUGAAGUGGAAGAAUUUAUUAUAUCUGUAUGCCUCCCUCUGUCUAGAGAGAUUAUAACCUUCAGGAUUAGAGCUGCUGCCUGCCCUUCCAUCACUGGAAGAGCCCACCAUAAGGAUGCAACACUUGUUUUAAGACAAGUUUUGUGUGAGAUAUGGAUUGGUUUCUGACAAAUAUAAAAAUCUUGGAUACACAGUGUGGUAACACAUGUUCCCAUUUCUCACUCAGAGAUCCAUGGAGGCUGUUUUUAAACACUUGCAGCCAUAAUAACUACCUCUCUUCCCUUUCCAAUAGAUACAGUCAGCUGCAAAUGCAGUGCCCAGAGCACUGUGUCUGCUUGACUGCCUCCAUAAUGCCUUCCUGGUUUGGAUGCUGAGGUAAGCUUUAGCACAUGAAAUAACCUCCAAAGGGAAGCUAUCCUAAUUUUCUUUCAUCUCACUUGAUGUUUAAAAGCAGACUGCAUGCUGCUAAUACUUUCUAUAAUCUCACUCCAGUUGGAGACAAUGCUCAGUAGCAGUUGCAGUGAAGAAACCCCCAGGGAAUGCUUGUGUGCCACACUCGAGAGUAAAAGAUCCCUCACAAAAGUUAAAUCCAUCACUCUUCACUUUUCAGUCAGGCCAGGCACCAGAUUCAUGGAUUCCAGAUGUUUUAUAGCCCCUUGGCUGCUAUGUAUGACCUUUCUGUUUGAUAGCUCCUUGUCCAUAAUCCAAAAUCAACAAAAAAAAAGGUGGUUUAAUGAGGGUCUUUCUGUCUCCCUCAAAUACUGGAAGUAGCUUCUAACAUGGUAUUAAAAAUGCAUUUCUUUUUCUCUUUUGACACCCUUUUUUAGUGAAUCUUUGCAGUGGUUGAUCCUGACAGCAAAAUAACACAUCAGUUUUGUAGAUAGACAUCUAUUGUGCCAAAUGGCUUUGGCAUAAUAGAUACUCACACAUGUCAAUAUAAAGAUAUGAGUCAUUGUCCCAAUUUAAUAGAAAUUUUGAGUCAGUCAUGAUGUGAGUGAACAGCAAGGGCCUCCUGUAAGGUUCUACAGGACAGCACCUUAAAUCCCUGGUGUUCUGUGCUCUAAAUGUACCCUGGCCAACACUAAAAGCUAUUGAGAAGUUACAUUUGAGGACUUCAACAACCACCCCAAGCCCCAGGGCACAAUGCCAUUGUAGGUGCAGCCCUGGUUCCUUUUGUCAGGCAUCUGCCCUGCAGCAGCCUCCCUGGGGAUGUAACCACAGCAAGUGGCUGUCCAAAAUGUGUGGCUGAGGGCAGUGGUCUGUGUUCAAUUUCACUGUGCAGCUGUGGUUAUUGCAAUGCUUUGAUUUCACAGGGAUGAAAUGGAAACAAGGUGCCAGCCCACCAGUUUCACAUCCUUCAUCCUUCCUCCUUCCACUGCAGCUCAUGGACAGGUGCACACACUGCCUGCCUCUAUCCAGAGGAUGCACGGGGACGCGGUGUUAGGCAGAAGCUGGAGCAUAUUCCUCUCUCCUUUUCACUCCUGUAGCUCACUGCACAUGUUCCAGUCCUCCCCAUUACCUGCAAGGCAGGCUCAGUGUGCACUGGUGGGCAGCCUGACCCUGGGACACAGUCGGAUGGUGGCUCUGUGCUUGCAGCAGCAGGAUGCAAGAAACACUUGUUUAAGCUGGAAGGGAUACGAAUGUUGAUGUUCCUCUGGAGGAAAAACUGCCAGGUACUUACAGGCUCUGAAAGAAAAUAAACUGAAGUGGGUUUGAAUGAGAAAAUGCUUGGUUGUAGGCAGCCCUUGAAAACCAUUCACAAACGUUUGAACAGCAUGUAAGGCCCACCUUUCUCUGCUUCAACUGGGGCAGCAAUUAGCUCAAUUGGCAUUUCAGAUGUGAAAGAUGUGAAACCCCAGGAAGUUUUUGGCAAGCAGUUUAAUAGUUACAUAGCACGGAGUUUCAGAGAUGUAUAGUUUGAUGUUUAUGCCAAAAAAAAAAAAAAAAUCUAAGUUGUCCCAUUUCACAUUGAGUGGCAGAUAGAGAUAUAUUUUGUUUAAUCACUAUCUAAUACAGAGGCUUCUGUGAAAGAAAAGGUUUAUUUGUAGCAUUGGAUACAUUUCUCCUUUUUAAAGACUGUCUUUGCGCAUAUAGUGUCCUUUUUUUGUGAGCUGGGAAUUGUAAAAAAAUGUAAAGUAGAAGAGGACGUGUUUCUUAGACAAAGGAGAAAUGCUGUAAAAUUGUGUAAAUGUCACUACUCAUGUUUUUCCAUGUUCUGUGUAGCAUAGUGUAAAAUAGGCUCUCCAGCAGUGUUAUUCUGUGAAUUGUAAUUUAAAAACAAGCCAUGCAUGGUCAGAGAUAUUAUCUACAGGUCCUUUUGGUUGAGUUUUUGGUUUUGUUUGUUGUUUUCUCAUUUUAGGUGAAUUCAUUCUAUGUUAAAUUUAAUUGUCCAUGAAAAUUCAAUUUUGUUUCUGUUGUAUUUCAUAAAGAACUUGAAUUACUCUUUUAAGAUUUUAUUACACACGAAACUCACCUACCAUUUGUAUUGAUCCUUCAGAAGCUGUGUCACGUUUAGUGUAAACUAGGGGGGAUUUUAUUUUUAUCUGCCUCUUCUCCCCCCACUCUUUCCACUUAACUGUCUGGAAAGAUCCAGUCACACCCUACUUUUUUUUUUUUUCUGUGCCAUGCAGGGUCAAUAUGGAAAACUGACCACAGACCAGUGUCCAAAAGUUCUUGAUAUAAGUAGUUAAAAAGCUCACCUCUACAGCAUUAUGUAAACACAUCUUGCAAUAAAGCUUUAUAAAGCACU